CAAAAUGCAGUGCCAUAGAUUGUUAAGUUUUAUUAUUGAUUAUUAAUUAUUAAUUACAAAUUAUAAAUAUGAACAUUAAGUGUCGACACUUGAUAAACUUUAGUUUAUAGAAGCAAAGAAAGUCUUUGAACACACAGAUAUAUUUUUAAAUUGUAUCUUAAAAUUAUUGAUUUGAUAUUUCAAAUUUUCUUUGUUUUUAUUAUAAGAUUUCUAAGUGGAAAAAUUUUAUUAUAAUUGAAAGCUACACAGAAAAAAAAAGUUAUCGUGAGUCAAGAAAAUAUUUUGGAAGACAAACGUUUUCGGGAACCAAGUCAAGAUUUUCUUGAGCCUAGAAGAUUUUUAUUUUGUCAAAGAAAAUUGAGGUUUUGAAAAAAAAUUUUUACAGUCCCAAGAAAAUUUUUGUCUUUCAGUUCAUAGUAAAAAAUAUUUAUUGCGUUAAGAAAUCUUUUUUUUCUGUAUAUGAUAGAGAUGAUUUUUGAAUUGCUUUCUCUAAAAUUUAUGUACCAAGAGAAUUACUCACUUAAAAGUAAAGCAAAAUUAUUUAUGUUUUUAUUACAAACAUAAAUCUCAAUGACGAUGAUAUUUUGUCUCUGUAAAAAUUGCUCUAGCUUUUAAUUGCUUUUAUACACUGACUUCAAAAUGGCCUUAUACUUAAUUUUAUUACAGUGAAAGAAUCAAUAAUUAUCAUUAAUUAGGAAAUGGUGAUUGAUAUUUUUUUUUUUGUAUAAAAAUUAAUUUAUAAAUAAAAAACAAAUAAAUUCAUAGAUGAUCCUGACUAUUUAAAGCGAAAGAGGAAAAAACUUAAUAACAGUCCUAGCUCACUUGUCGUUCGACAUGUGCAAGCCGAGUCUGAUCAACACGGACUGGCAUUACACAAUCGACAAAUGCAGUACAAUUUUAAUCUGAUAAAACCCGAGCCAAUGGACACUUUAUAUCCUGGUGGGAUAGCAGCAGGAGGUUCGUCACCAUUGUAUCCAGUUGGUAGUCCAAUGUCACCUUCUACUUUACAUUCUUUGAGACAAAUAAGGUCUCCAAGACGAACGCCAUCACCGAUGGAUCGUCUCCCUUAUUCAAUGCAACCACAGCCACAACCACAAAUAAACUUGACACCACAGUAUCAACAAUCAGUAUCGGGGCAUGCGAGCCCUAAUUUACAGCCUCCAUUGAUGUAUAAUAACCAGUCGAUAAUAUUAAAUCGAGUUACACCAGAACCGCCUCAAGAUUUAGGAUUUCAAGAAUCUCUAACUAAUGCCGAAGGUGUUAACAAUGUACUUGACCUUGACAAUAAUCAAUUUAGUUUUGAUAUGAAUCAAUUGGGCGGUAGUUUUAAUCAACUAGACUCCACCGAGUUAGCAGUGCUAGGAAACGCACUUUCUGAAAAUUUUUCAAGUGGUCUUUCAAUAUCUGAUUCCCAAAAUAAGGCUCAAAAAGUUGAAGCAAAUGCCGCAGGUGAAAGUACAAGUAUGACCGAUAGUUUUACACGAUUAACUAACAAUACCAUACAAGAACUCUGCACCCUAAAUAAUUUAUACAAACCCCAAGAAUAAAUAUAAAUAUUUAGAUAAUUUAAUUUAAAAACAAACGUACUCAUUUAUUAUUUGCUAUAGAUCUCGUUAUUAAUUUUCAUUGAGAUUAAUUUAAAUACUAGAAGUUUUUUAUUUUAAUUAAAAAUAUUAGUCACUUGUACAACUCAUACUUUCAUGACAAUUUAAUUU